CUCACUGCCAUUCUGGCAACGGCAAACACAUACCUUGUUUUCUUGAUUCGGACCCAUCAAGAAACACCUUCGACUGUCCCUCAAUUGAGCAAAAUUCACCCUGCGAGAAAAAGCAUAUUAAAAAAAACCCAAAAUAAAAGAAAAAUAAAAAAGGAGAAUUCCUUUUUUAUCCUUUGGACGUCCGGCGCCGUCGAUUCGCUCCCGAUCCUCGUCGAUGCUUGGAGAAUGUAGGUAUUAUAAUCUACUUUGUCUCAAUGGAGAGUGAAGUCCUAGAGGAGGAUGAUCAAAUAAAUAACUGCUGAUUGAUUGUGUUGAGGAUCUUCAAAGUCUGACACUUAUUAUGCUUUAUUCUAGGUGAUCUCUUUCAUUGACUUAUGAUGGAUAUAAGUAGCACAGAGUUGAAUGAACAGACACAGAUGCUUCCUCCUCCACCUGGAACCUUUGUAGAUCGUGAAGAACUUAUCCAGCAUGUUGGUGAAUUUGCUGGAUCACAAGGGUACGUGGUAACUAUUAAGCAAUCAAAGAGAGAAAAAGUGGUAGUCCUUGGCUGUGACAGAGGAGGUGUCUAUCGUAACAGGAGGAAAACUGUUGAUGAGUCCUCUGUUGAAUGUAUUCGCAGAAGAAAGACUGGUUCUCGGCUUACAAAUUGUCCUUUUGAAGUUGUGGGUAAAAAGGAUGAUGGUUUGUGGGUACUUACUGUUAAAAAUGGAACCCACAACCAUGAGCCCUUGAAGGACUUUGCAGAACAUCCUUCUGCUCGUCGAUUUUCAGAGAAAGAAGUCUUGUUAAUUAAAGAAAUGACAGAGGCUGGAUUAAAACCUCGGCAAAUACUAAAGAGACUAAGGCAGAGCAAUCCUGAUCUUUUAUCGACACCAAAGCAUGUCUAUAAUGUCAAAGCCAAGCUCCGGCAAGGAAAUAUGUCAGUGAGAAACUACAAGUCAUUGAGACCUCAGAAAUCUGCUGUAAGAAACAAUUAUUUGUCAGUUAUGGAACCAUCCUGGAGGCAACGGAACCCUCCGAGGGUUCCCAAUCUCAUUGGGGGCAGAUUUGUUGAUUCACAGUCAUUUGCAUCUAUUGAUGUUAUAAACCCUGCAACACAGGAAGUGGUUUCUCAAGUUCCUAUGACUACAAAUGAGGAGUUCAGAGCUGCGGUAUUUGCAGCUAAACGGGCUUUUCCAUCAUGGCGUAACACUCCCAUUACCAGCCGACAGCGUAUAAUGUUCAAGUUUCAAGAGCUCAUUCAGAGAGACAUUGAUAAGCUUGCUAUGAACAUUACCAAUGAACAUGGGAAGGCAUUGAAGGAUGCAUAUGGUGAUGUCUUGAGUGGAAUAGAGGUGGUUGAACAUGCUUGUGGAUUGGCCACUUUGCAAACUGGGGAAUUUGUUUCCAACGUACCAAAUGGGGUCGAUACUUAUACCAUUAGAGAGCCGCUUGGUGUUUGUGCUGGUAUUUGUCCCUUCGACUUUCCAGCUAUGAUUCCCUUAUGGAUGUUAUCUAUUGCAGUUACUUGUGGCAAUACUUUUAUACUGAAGCCAUCAGAGAAGGAUCCAGGGGCUGCUGUGAUGCUUGCUGAGCUAGCAGUGGAGGCUGGUUUGCCUAAUGGUGUUUUGAAUAUUGUUCAUGGCACCAAUGAAAUCAUUAAUGAUAUGUGUGAUGAUGAUGACAUCAAAGCUAUAUCUUUUGUUGGCCCAUAUACAGUGGGUGCUUAUGUGUAUUCUAGAGCUUCAGCCAAAGGAAAACGUGUUCAGUGCAAUAUUGGAGCCAAAAACCAUGCAGUUGUAAUGCCUGAUGCAAGCAUGGAGACUACGCUGAAUUCUCUGGUUACAGCUGGCUUUGGUGGGGCAGGACAGAAGUGCAUGGCACUCAGUACAGUUGUUUUUGUUGGCGGCAUGACUCCAUGGGAAGAUAAACUGGUGGAGCGUGCCAAAGCACUUAAGGUACAACCUGGAACAAAACCUGAUACAGACCUUGGUCCACUGAUUAGCAAGCAGGCAAAGGAACUCCUAUGUAGAUUGAUCCAAUCAAGUGUUGAAAGUGGUGCAAAACUAGUAGUUGAUGGGAGAAAUAUUGUGGUUCCUGGGUAUGAGCAUGGGAACUUCAUUGGCCCCACAAUCUUAUCUGAUGUCAAGGUCAGCAUGGAAUGUUACAAGGAUGAAAUUUCUGGCCCAGUUCUCCUGUGUAUGGAGGCUGAUAGCAUAGAAGAGGCUAUAGAUAUCGUUAACAGGAAUAAAUAUGGCAAUGGAGCUUCUAUAUUCACUACAUCAGGUAUAGCGGCAAGGAAAUUUCAAACAGAGGUUGAUGUCGGGCAGGUUGGCGUCAAUGUUCCAAUCUCAGUCCCACUGCCCUUUUCUUCGUUUAUCAGCUCCAAGCCGUACAUUGCUGGUGAUCUUAAUUUUGAUGGCAAGGCAGGAAUUCAGUUCUACACCCAGAUUAAAACAGUUACUCAACAAUGGAAGGAUCCAGAAGGCAGUGAUAUAGCAACUUUGCAAGUGCCAAGUUCGUAGAGUUCAUAAUAGACUAACACCAUAUUAUUUUAACUUUUUCCCCUUAUAAUCCCUAGUUGUGUUAAUAAAGAAAUAAGAUCGCAAUUUGUAUUACUCCUAGUCCUGUCCCUUAGCUUAAUUGCAUUUUCUUUGUUAUUAAUUUUUUAUUGAUUUCUGCUGUCAUGAAGAUGAUAAAAUGGAAAUUGAAUUGCCCCAUUUUGCUUUAAUAUUAAUUAUCAAUAAUAGAUAAGUGGCUGUACAAACUUGAAUUUGUCAAAAGGAAAUAAGCAUUGAGUA